CUGCAGACAAAGUCAAACAGACAGCUUCAUGGAUCUCAUUCUGUCGCAACCUGCCCUUUCCACCCGCCUCGCGGCCGUUGUGGCAAGUGGGACGUUCUUUGGCUUGACGGUUUCGACGUCGACAUGCAUCAUUCCGGUUCUCCUAGACAAGCAGCUAGGCCUUGCCGCAAAGGACAGAUUGGGCUGUUGGAUCCGUCAGUUUGAUUUCUGCGCUCGUCGUUGGACGCCCAUCUCUUCAUCAAGUAUGGUCAUGUCGUUGGCGUCGCUGUACCUUACUCCUCGAGGGGCAACGAACGCCAAUCGGAGUCUCUUGUGGCUCAACUUCGCCUCGUUCUUUGGUCAAUUCCUCUUGACAUUUGCUUUCAUCUUCCCAGUCAAGGACAGAUUGAAGGCGCAACAAAAGAAGGGCGAGCCUUACAAUGACGUCGAAAUCCGCCAGAACAUCACUGCCUGGGAGCGCCUGCACAAGUUGAGGAUCCUGGGCAGUGCCGUUGCCUUUGGAGCAAGCUUGGUGGAGCUCGUUGGUUUUGUUCGCCAGUAAUCUCGUGGACCAAUCUUCAGCUUUACGCGAGAUGUUGGCUGUCGCUUGGUGUCAGGACCGAGUAGCAACGCCAACGAGACACCCAAUGAUUAAAAGUUUGAUCGUAAUCGAUAAGAUCUACCUUGCUCUCGGUGUUACCAGCGCAACGCCCUUGAGCC